CGCCCAGUAUAAGUAUUAAUACUCCUUCUUGAAAGAUUGUAUUUUUUGUCUUCUUCUCUUUAAUUUAGUAAAUAUGACUUUAAGAACAGUAAAAGAAUUAGUGCAUGCUACAGAGGAAUCUGAAGGAGUUGGUGCAACCGUGAGACGGUCCAUUGGAACGAGUAAUAUGCGAAAAUUUAAUCCAUUCUUGUUACUUGAUCAUUUCAAUAUUGGUGCCAAGGCAGGGUUCCCACAUCAUGGCCAUAGUGGCCAGGAGACUAUUACUUUGGUGUUAAAGGGAGCGGUUGCACAUGAAGAUUUCACUGGUUCGAAGGGAAUCUUGUAUCCUGGAGACUUACAAUUUAUGACUGCUGGGAAAGGUGUAGUUCACUCAGAAAUGCCAGUUUUAUUGGAUGGUGCGAAAAGUGUAGAAGGAAUGCAAUUAUGGGUUGAUUUACCAGAAGAAUUGAGGAAAACCAAACCAAGAUAUAGAGAUUUAAGAUCGGAUAAGAUUCCAGAAGUGGUUGAACAAGAUGGGAAAGUGAAAGUGAAAGUGAUAUCUGGAGAAUCUUAUGGAGUUUCAUCUUUAGCAAACCUAGCAUAUACUCCAGUACAAUACUAUUAUGUUACAUUGAAGCCUGGUGGAAGGUAUCAACAAAAAGUUCCAGAAAACUUCAAUUUCUUUUUAUAUGUACUUUCUGGAGAUCAAUUGAUAUCUAAUGGUAAGGCAGUACCAAAGCAUCAUACAUUAUUCUUCAAUCAAGAUGGAGAUGAAAUUGAAGCCACAAAUAAGGCUAAAGAUGGUGGUAAAAGCAUUGAAUUUGUGUUAGUUGGAGGUGAAGUAUUGGAUCAAAAUACCAUACAAUAUGGACCAUUUGUUGCUGAUACGGAAGAAAAUAUUAAUAGAACCAUUAUGGAUUUUCAAAAUGGACGUAAUGGAUUUAAAAAGGUUAAAACAUGGAAAUCUUUGAUAUCUAAAGGGGUUACUCCGGAAAUGAUUCCAAUAUUACAAGAAGGAGAACAGAAACAUGAACGUUAGAGUAUAUAUUAAAUAGGGAAUGAAUGAUUAUUGGAACACGUUUUUGUAGAGAGAGGAAGUGGUCAUGGUGAUUACAGUAUUUAAAAUAGAUAAG